AUGUAUGUUUAUUCUGCAUCUAUCGUUCCAGAAUGUGGCUAUGAACCAACCGGCCAGCUGUUCAUGUCUGACGACCAUUCUCCAUGUGUUUACCAUUGGUGUGCUAAAGGGAAGUAUCUUGGAAAGGCUCAAUGUGCCCCGGGAUCAGCCGUCCCGUAUGGUUAUAUGGGGACGAAUAAUCCGUGCAUAAUAAAUACAAAAUACUGUGGAUUGAAUAGGGGACAUUUAUUUUACAAUUCAGAUGUUAAGUAUUCGUAUAAAGAAAAUGGACAACCAGUGGUGCAUAAUCACUUCUCACAUUAUGGAAGAAAUAAGCUUGACUAUAAAGAUGGAGAUUCCUAUUCCCAGGGCAAUAGUUAUUACAAAAGUUCCGGUUAUAGCAUAGACGAGCAUUACUCAAAUGAUGAAAAGUCUCCAAAGGUAGACAGUCAUUCAUUUUCUUACUCAAAAAAAGAAUCUUUCAAUGAACCAAUAGCCGACGAUUACCCAACAUACCCACAUCCGGACGCCCAUCGACAAGCGGCGCAUGCACAUUCACACACUCAACAAUAUGGUCACCACCGGUCAAAUGCUCCGCCUCAAAGUCGCUUUAGCCAUUCUGGAUAUCAUCCAACGAAAAGAACAAACAUACCCGACCAUAUUAUUCAGCAGGUUGUGGAAAAACUUCUGAGCGAAAAGAAAUCAAUGAAACGUGAUGACCAUUACCAUGAUAGACAUAAGAAGGAACAUGACGAUGGCUCAUAUGAGAAGCGAAGAUAUAGAAAAAAGAGAAAACCAGUCAAAGGUAUAGCAUACAAAUCAAUAUAA